CUCCCGAGGGAGGCACCGGAAGGCGCCCGGCGCUGAAUCAUUGCAAUAAAUUGGUCCCGGCGAGGCCGGGUUCAGUCAUUGCCGUCCGAGACGCGGUGGGAGCAGCGCAGCCCAGGGAGCUGGAGCCGGGAGGGAGCGAGGGAAGGACGGAAGGAAGGGACAAGGGAAAGAAAGAGGGAGGGAGGAUGAAAAUGCAAGCAGAAGUGAUCCGCGAGGGCGAGCUGGAGAAGCGGAGCGACAGCCUUUUCCAGCUGUGGAAGAAGAAGCUGGUAGUGCUCACCAAGGACAGCCUCAGCCUUUUUCCCGACGGGCACAAGCGGGCCAAGGGCAAGGAGCUGGGCUUCGGCUCCAUCCUCAAGGUGGACUGCGUGGAGCGCACGGGCAAAUACAUCUACUUUACCAUCGUCACCAAGGACCGCAAGGAGAUUGACUUUCGGUGCCCGGACCAGAGCUGCUGGAACGCUUCCAUCACCAUGGCCCUCAUCGACUUCCAGAACAAGAGGGCCAUCCAGGACUUCAAGAGCCGCCAGGAGAUGGAGCAGGCAGCGGGCACCCAGGAGCGGCGGCUGGCCCGGGCGCCCUGAGCCCCCAGAGUGUACCGCUGGAUGGUAAACCACAGCAAGUGUCUUGGACUGAAAAGGGACAGGGUACCAAUGAAGGAAAGCGUGGAAGAUAGCUGAGAGCAGCUUGGUGUUCUCCAAGGCCUGUGGAGGCUGCUGAGCAAAGAGCCCUGGGCUUCGCCUGAGAUGCAUUUUGAUAAAGGAAAAAAACCAAAGACUUUCAUACGGGACUUCCAGCGAAGCGCCCACGUGCUUUGGGUGGCACGGCUUCGCGAACGGUUCUCUCCUAUUUAUGAGACACAAGGAAGAUUCAACACUGACUGGUGGUGUUCGACACGGUUUAAAUUAUUUGUAGUAUCUAUAUUUGUAUUUAUUUUGAUGAAUGUCUUUCAGCAGUUAUUGGUUGUAAUAUUGCUUUUGCAUUAAUAUGUCCAUUCCAAAUAAAUUACUUGAAGUGUUCAAUUUUUA